CAUACAUAAAUCAUUGUUGCGAUUUAAUGAUUGACAUAAUUCUCUUUAUGUAAUUUUUCAUAAAUGUUUUGUACGAAUGCGAACUGGACUUUUCAACAACUAUAAUUUUUGUAUAAAUUAUGUAGUCGUUUAAGUUAAUGGACGACAACGAAAAUGGUGCUUUACGCAAAUUCUAUGAGGUCAUCAUGGACAUCGGCGGUGAGGUUUUGGAUGAUAUUAAUAAUAUGGGAGAAGUUACAAUACUAGCACCUAGCAAUGAUGCCUGGAACGCAUCCUCUCUUAACAAUAUUAUAAGGAAUCGUGAGAAAAUGCGACAAAUUAUAAAUAUGCACAUCAUUAAAGAACGUUUGAAUGUGGAGAAGAUACGCCAAAAGAAUCAAAAUAUGAUUGCACAAGUACCUACUGUAGACAACAAAACAUUUUUGUAUUUCAACAUAAACGGUGAGGGCUCAAAUCAAACGAUAACUGUUGAAGGCGGUGGAGUUAAUGCUACUUUAGUGCAAGCCGAUGUAACACAAACCAAUGGCUAUGUUCAUAUCAUAGACAAAGUGCUGGGAGUACCCUAUACCACUGUGUUUGGUAAAAUCGAAAGUGAUCCAAUGUUGAGUGAUACCUUUAAGCUCGGCCAGUUUUCAAACUUUAACGAACAGUUGAACAAUACUCAGCGCAGAUUUACUUACUUCGUGCCACGUGAUAAGGGCUGGCAGAAGACUGAAAUCGAUUUACCAUCUGCACAUAAGAAACUAUUUAUGAAAGAUUUUGCUUAUCAUUCCAAGUCCAUAUUGGAACGUCACCUUGUAAUUGCGGAUCGGGCAUUUACUAUGAAAGACUUAGUUGCAAUGACCGCUGAGAGUGAUUCUAUUGUGCUGCCAACAUUUAGAGAUUCUCUUAAAGUUAAAGUUGAAGAGGAAGCGGGUCAUCUUCAUGAUGAAUAUGCUUCACAUGAAUGGACCGGCUAUGUGAUCAUUUGGAACUAUAAAAAGAUAAACGUUUACCGACCAGAUGUGGAAUGCACAAAUGGAAUUAUACAUGUUAUAGAUUAUCCAUUACUUGAGGAAAAGGAUGUUGUUGUUGGAGGUAUCGGAGGUUAGGCAUUAACUAGCAACCUACGAACUACACUACUCACUCACUUAUGUAACCGAAGAUCUAUAAGAUGUGUGUGUGUAAAUUAACUCUCUAUGCAAACAAUUACAUAAAUAUUAUUAGAAAAUUAUUUAUUUUAUAUAUAGCUAAAUGCUUGAAUAUCAAGUAAUUCAAUAUAAGUUGGUGCAAAUAGUUCCCUAAGAUCAGAUAAAUAAUACAAACAUGACAAAAUUAAUCCAAAUAGUACACAUUAAAAUAAAAUCUCAACUUUUUAUUUAU